AUGCUGCGCUUUCGCGAUAGAAAAUAUGCGACUGGAUAUCGCACAAACAGAGCGACAAUAAGCGGAUACUGGAAAGCAACCGGUAAAGAUCGGACGGUGAUGGAUCCACGUACGAGCCAAUUGGUGGGGAUGAGAAAAACACUGGUGUUCUACAGGAACAGAGCUCCAAAUGGGAUCAAAACUACUUGGAUCAUGCACGAGUUCCGUCUUGAAUGUCCUAACAUGCCACCUAAGGAAGACUGGGUCUUGUGCAGAGUGUUCAACAAAGGAAGAGACUCAUCACUACAAGACAAUAACAACAGUGGCGGUCCAAGGUUUGAUAUAAAUGACGCGCCAGAUCUUAAUUACGCUCCUAAUUACAACAAUCAGUUGCAACCAUUACUAUCAUCCCCUCCAUCCACCACCAUCGACCCUCCACAUCAUCAUCAGCAUGAUCAGUGGGAGCAGCUAAUGAAGCAGCCUUCAAGGACCACGGACCAUCCCUAUCAUCAUCAUUGUCAACAUCAAACCAUAGCAUGUGGUUGGGAGCAAAUGAUGAUUGGUUCAAUGUCGUCAUCUUCGAGCCAUGGCCCUGAUCACGAGUCCUUGUUAAAUUUGCUUUACGCCGACAACAACAACAGUGUCAACAUCAGUGAUCAUGAUCAGAAUUAUGAGAAGAUAUUGUUGUCAUCAGACAUCACGAGUUUGGAUCAUGACAAGACAUGUAUGGGAUCAUCAUCGGAUGGUGGUUUGGUUUCUGAUCUUCACAUGGAAUGUGGUGGCUUGAGUUUUGAGACCGACCACCUCCUUGCUUUCCACUGA